CUUGCCGCGAGCCAGGCGGCUGAGAGCUACUUCGAAGAGCCUGUUGUGUUGUGCUUCGAGCAUCAUCUGCGCUACUGGUCAUAAACGUCACUGCUAAAGUGCUCCCCUGUGCACACGAUGAACUGCUACGUGGUCGACACGCGGCAUUACCGGCUGUCGCUUUGACUGACUGCGUCGUCCGCCGGCUACUCGAUGACAAUGGCCUCGUGAAGUGCGAAGCUGCUGUGACUCGAAGCCGUUCUUCGCCGCCGUCGUCGCAUCGGCCUUAGGUCAGCAGGUGGAUGACGGCCGCAGACAUGGCGUGGUCUUCGUCCCUGAAGAACACCAUCAACCUGGGCAACAGCAUCAUAGGGGUCAGCAUACUCGCCAUGCCUUACUGCUUCGAGAGGUGUGGCAUAGUGUUGAGUUCCUUGCUGCUGUUGGCAAGUGGCCUGCUGACACGCAUGACCUGCCACCUGCUCCUCAAGUCGGCCAUCACUGCUAGGCGUCGUAGCUACGAGUUCCUAGCUUUCCACACAUUCGGCCCAACUGGCAAGCUGGUGGUUGAGAUUGGCAUCUUGGGCUUCCUGCUGGGCAGCUGCGUGGCCUUCUUUGUAGUGAUGGGCGACCUGGCCCCUCCUCUGGCCUCGGAUUUCUUCCUGCUCGAGGCAUCCCCGCGACUGCGGCUCACCGUGCUCCUGUUGCUGGGCACCUGCGUGGGUCUGCCCCUGGGCCUGCUGCGCAACCUGGACAGCCUGACCUCCCUUUCGGCACUCUCCCUGGGCUUCUACUGCCUGCUCGUGCUCAAGGUGUUUGUGGAGAGCUUCCCGGUGCUGUGGUCGGGUGCCUGGUGGGACCGGGUGGUGUUGUGGCGUCACGAGAACCUGCUGUCCGUGCUGCCCAUCUUCGCCAUGGCCCUCUCCUGUCAGCCGCAGCUUUUUGAAAUCUUCGACACAGUCAACGAGCCAUCCUUGAAGCGCAUGAACUCAGUGGUCAACGGUGCGGUCCAAAUGUGCUCCAUGGUCUACAUCAUGAUGGGCUUCUUUGGGUACGUGGCGUUCUGCGGCGGUGGGGGUCCCCUGCCGGGCAACGUGCUCGUUCGCCUGGGCUCCACGCUGGCGUCCGAGUUCAUCAAGCUAGGCUUUGUGGCCACCCUGGUGGUGUCCUUCCCGCUCUGCCUGUUCCCUUGCCGCACCAGCCUCCACUCCCUGCUCUUCAAAAGGGCCAACAGCUCUCGUACGUGUCUGAGCCCCUGUGCCCCAGAGCACGAAAAUCUCUUGGCCACGGUCGCUCUGGGGGAGCAGGGCAGUAAGUUCCACGAUCCUUCGUACGACUACAUCCCCGACGGGCAGUUCCGGAUGCUGACAGUACUGUUGGUGGGAGCCACUCUGGUCACAGCAUGCCUGGUGCCCAACAUCGAGGUCGUGCUGGGCCUCACGGGAUCCACCAUCGGCACGCUCAUCUGUGUCAUCAUGCCCGCACUUGUUUUUAUGCGCGUACAACCAAAGAGCACCAACGAACGCCUGGUUGCCAAGUUCCUGUCCUGGGCGGGCCUGUGCAUCAUGAUUGGCUGCACGAUGACCACGCUGAGCCAGAUGCGGCCCCCCGACCGGGGCUCACCCCCCAGCCGCUUCAACCCAGUGGCCGUGGUGGUCUCGAAACCAGCUCCUCUCCUUCCGAAAGAUGUCAAGUUGGCCAAUGCUUCGCCUGGACCUGAUCUGGUAAAGCCGCUGUCGCCAAAGGCCGAUGUUGUGCCACCUGCAGCCGCUCUGUCACCCAAGGCCGUGCAGCCAGCAACAGUAGCGGAGAAGCGACUGGAGCCGCCAGAGCCUGUUGAACCUUCUGUUCACAAGGAGGUUGUGGUUCCGCCGUUGGCCAAGCCAGUUCCGGUGGUCGAACGACCGGCCAAGGAGGAGGCCGCCUUGGACCCAGAGGCUUUGAAGAAGGAGGACCGCGAAAUUGCGGCGGCUACGUCGGGCAAGGUUGCAGCGCCCCCUGCUGCUGCUUCCGGUGGGGGACACCAGCCCCCGGGGACCGCGCCCCCCGUUGUGGCGGGCCCAGAGGUGAAGAAGCAGGAGGCCCUCCUCGAGAAGAUUGCCCAGGAGCAGAAGGUGCAGAAAAAGAUGCUGGAAGACCUGCAGCGUGAGCUCAAGCAGGAACUGGCCAAACACAAGCAAGACACGCCCCCACAGCCACAGAAAACCAACGGAACUGUGGAUACUGCAAGAUUGGCUGCCGCACCUGCAAAUGUGGUUGCACCGUCACCAGUCCAUGACAGGCUGCCCAUGGUGGCACCGGCGGCACCUCUCACCGGUGCCAGACAAGAAGCACCGAAUGCACCGCAUCCAGUGGUUGGAGACAGCGCACCGCCUCUCCUGCACCAAGGGAGCCAACUGCUGCCAAAGGCUCCCGCCCAGAACAUUCCGCAGCCAGUCUUGAACCAAGCUCCUCCGCUUCCCGUGCAGGACGUGCAACGGACUCGGCAGGACUCGCAACAACGUCAAGCACAACGCGUAGGACAGAUCGUCAAGGUCCCCUUGUCGGUAGGCGUCCAGCCGGCUGCACAGAGCAUUCAACAUGUCGCUGCGAACCAACAGCUCCCGAAUCCCAUUCUCCCUCCAGGGCAAGGCAGUAAGAAAGACGAGGCAGGACGAAGUGACUUGCCAGAUGUGAAGGUCAUCCGCCAACAACCCCCGGUGCUAGCCCCAAAAGUCGACGUCCCAUCUCCCCUGCCACAGGUUCCAAAACAGGGCCUAAUAAUGCACCAGCCUCAAAUCAGCAUUCAGAAUGUGGUGGUGCAAAAGCAGCCCAUCGUUCCUGCCGCAAAUGCCGUCCCGAAAGCGGGAGAGAACCUUGUGAAACCACUGGACAUCAUCAUGCAUCAUCAAGAUGCCCAGCAGCCGUUGCAGCAGAAGGUUCCCAUUGUCCCUGAAAGCAAACCCAGUUUAGUGCAGCAGCAACCUAAGCCUGUUCUAAAGCAGGCUCCAGAAGAGCUUCCAGCAGUCGCUAGCAGUUUCGCCAAACAGCCUCUACAAGUCAAUGUUGAAGCCCCCGUGAAGUUACCUGGCAAGCCUUUGGAAUUGAAAGAUAAAGCAAUCCCGGCACUCCAGGAUCUCGACAACCGGCCACUUGUUCGCAAGAUGUCCAAAGAUGUCAAACGAGAGGCACCCGUAGAUGUUGAUGCUCCUAUUAUUGGUGAUGCAGCCAAUGCAGUUGCAUCCAAAAAGGGCCCAGUUACUGUUAUGCCCACUGCUUUACCGCUGGCAGCCAGCGACAAAGACGUUCCUGCUGUCAAUGUGAAAGUGGCAGCCAUCAGUGAUAUUCCAGUAAAACUGGACUCCCAGGACAGCAUUUCUCCGAGUCUUCCAAGUCACGUGCAGGCGGAUGUGGUGCUAGCUAAGCACGAGAUUAGGAAGUGAAUGCAAAGAUCUGUGUGCACGUAUGUGCAGAAACGAAACUGGGCAUUUACAUUCUGCUUGUGAAUGUGACAUAUGUCAGUGCUGUGCACUGCGAACUGUUGUGUUCUUGCCAGAGUAUAAUAUAUUUUCGUUUUAUAUUGUAAUAAAUGCACUAUUUUUUAGUCACCAUGUGACCGAUGAUUCCACAGCAAA